CCACUCCUCAUCCUCUACCUCCCUCGCCAUCUCCAUGGACACUGGAGGACAGUUUUGACUGCUACCUCAUACACCAUCUCCUACUCCAACAUCAACACUGACUGUUUCACUGACUCCAGAAGUGAUAUCUCUGCUAGUGGGACAUCACACACUCUGACUGGUCUAGAGGAGGGAACUGAGUAUUCUAUCACUCUCACUGCCACUCUGACUGGGAAUGGAGGGACUCAAGAAGGCAGCACCACAGCCACCACACUGACUGCUGCUCCGUCUGUACCUCCUCCUGGUGUGACUGUAACUGAUGUGAAUUCCUCCUCCAUCACUGUCCAGUGGGGGAGUGUGCCAUGUAUCCAUCAGAAUGGAGCCAUCACAGGCUACUCAGUCCAAUAUGGAGUAAUGGGGAGUGGGAACACAGAGACUGUGACUGUUGAUGGAGCUAGUACCACUCAGACCACCAUCCCUGGUGUCAAUCCAUCCACUACCUACUCCAUCCAAGUAGCGGCAGUCAACAGUGCUGGUACUGGAGUCUACAGUGAUCCAGAAACUCUUCAAAUGGGUGUUCCAGAGAAACCAACUGUAGAUAUGGACAGCAUUGAGACCACACCCACUACAAUAACUCUCUCCUGGAGCCUUCCUCGUAAUGUAACUGGCUCUGAGGUGAGCUGGGAGCUAACAGAGCAGACGAGAAGAAGAAGAGGAGUCCGCAAUGCUGAGGGAGGGACUAGUGGACAACUCGCUGCAGACCAGAACAGCUACACUAUCGACAAGCUGAGGAGUGGAACUAGCUUAUGACAUCACUGUCACAGUCUUCAACCCUGCUGGGAGCUCUUCCACCACCUUUACUCGCUCUACUGAGGGAGGAGUGAUUGAUGCUAACCAGGCGGAGAGUACUAGCAACACUUCUGCCAUUAUUGGUGGAGUAGUGGCUGUGGCUGUUGCCUUUAUGAUCAUAACUUCACUGACAGUCAUAGUGGUAGUGAUUCUAGUGCUGAGAAGUCGCAGUGGAAAUUACUCUGCAAAAACAAGAGCUACAGUUGGAGCUACAAAUCAAUCAGUGGAGCUCUCCAAGCUCUCAGAGCCAACAUAUGCAGAACCAGACCAGUUCCAUACCACCCGUAAUGAGGCCUACAAUGUAGUGAGAGGGACUGGAAGGACAGUUGAAGAUGAUUAUGAAGUACCACAAAACCUUCCUCCCUCCACCACCUCUCAACAACCUACCACUACUGCUACUGGAGACUAUGAACUAGUGUGACUGUGGACAUGACUGGUACUGCCCUCCCCUGAACAUUGUUUUUGCAGUAUGAAUGUCAGUAGCUACUAUGUCAGUUUGUACACCUUUACAGAAAGCAUUCUGUUUGUAGUUUACCAGUUUACGUUUACCUUUGUGGGCAUUGUUUCAUCUCCUAAUAUGUGCAUGGUAAAAAACCAGCAGAGCGCGUAAUUAUAGAUACACUUGACUUGCACAGCACGUUUAGAGAUCAACACAAUGUACCAUGAUGUACUAUUAUAUCUAUUUAUGUUGAGUCUCCUCUGGUCUCUGGUGGAGGUCCACUCUCAGACCUUUCCCCGUCUCUCUUUCAUGGGCCAGACUCUGGCCAACCAUUCCUAUGUAGACAUCAGUCAAGUGAUAAUAUACUUCCAGAUCCCCCAUCUCCUACUGAGACAUUUCAGUCAUAAACACUGUCAUUACCACCAGUGGAGAAAACUAUGGAGUGCUGUCAUGACACUAGUUGUAAUGAUGUUUUAUUGUCAUUCAUUUCCAGUGAUUGAUGCUAACCAGACAGAGAGUACUAGCUG